CAUCAAAUACGUAUUGUCUAGCUAGGACGCGGCGUUUCAGUAGACGGUCAAAGUCUCCGUUGGACGUGUGAAUCACCAACACGAGGCGCCUACGGAUACCGUAAAACUAGUUAGUUUUACACCUUUGUUCAUCCUUCUGACCCUAUCUACGCAACUAGAUGAGGGGUUACGGGUUAGGGUUAGAGGUAGGGUUACACGCCACGGUGUUACACGACACUGCAAAAACACGCCACGUUAGGACCCUUUUCGGCCACGGCAGUGCAGGUUUUGCCUCGAACUUCCAUGCAAAGCAAGUAGCUACCCCGCCCGGAUACCCAGAUACAAGCAAGCAGAGCCGUUACGAGAGUCUAUAGUUUAAAGAAUCCGCUAUGUCCGGAAAGACGGGCUACACAAAGCGACCGUCAGGGUGUCGGGCUUGUCGGGACAAAAGAGUGAGAAUUGGGCACAAAUCGUGAGCUCGUAAGACAUGCCCGUAAAUUGUGAAUCUCGUGACGAAAUCGUGAGAGUCGAGAGGUCCGACUUCAUUUUUGGCCUAGAGGCAGAAGAACAAUGUCGUAAAACAUUGUCACCCCUAGACAGGCUUUCGAGGUAGCCGCUAGCUAUAUGACAUCUGACUCUACAUCUUGCUGCUUUAGACUGCUCUAGACUGCAAUCCAGCUAGUCGGCCGACAUCCUCAACACACUGCACAUGUUUCUACAUGUUUCCUAAUCUAGUACCAAGAAGUACCAAGAACAAUUUCAAAUACAGCAAUCUAGCCAGAAACCGUUCGCAGAAGGUCGCCGAACGGUUUUCGAAAGAAAUAACGGUCGGAUUCGAGGUCUUUCGAUGUCGAACGUCGGAACUAAUCACGGAGACUGAUCGACUAGAUCGCAACUGAUGAUUGGUCGCCAAACAAAUAACCAGGCGGAGCUUUUUAAACGCACGUGCAACAAAUUACAGUGGCGUAGGAAGCGUAGCGGCUGGGGCGGCCAUGGCCGCCCCACUUUUCAAAAAGUGGCUUUCCGCCAGCUGCUCAUUGCCUGUAACUUCCGUUGUUAGUUGUGCCGAUUAAGUUAAAUAAGUAAUAUAUUUCAGCAUAAAAUGCGAGCAAACCUAACGUGCGCUAGAUUACUCGCUGUACAGAGCACGGGCACGUCCGUUAUAUGCACGUGAUCACCGUUAUAUCCACGUGGACAACCCGGACACGUGUCGAUGUCGAGCGGCAACGCAUGCGCACUCACUCCAGUUUUAGUAGGUGCGGUUUCUUUGGACUACAGUGAAAGGGUCAACUGGAUAAGUGAUAAGUAGGGCUGCAGGGCCUUAGGAGCUGCGGGUCGGUGCGACCAGAGGCUGCAUGUGUGUACAACUAGGACCACACCUCCGUAUGGUAGCGCACGCUAAGUGACCACGCCUUCUAACACGAUUAGGCCGCACCACUUUUAAUUGCUUCGUAUGCCACUGAAUUAUAUGCUGAAUGUUCAUUGGUCGUCGCUAGGGCCAAUGGCGGGCGGAGCUAGCACCACACCCAUAAGCACUACGACGCAACAUUACAUAAAUAAUAUCCUGCCACAACGGAUGCAUGGACGUCACAGAUGAUAGCCGGGACUUCGCUCUAUCCACGUGAUGCUUUAGAACUCCCGUAUGUUUUAUAAUGGCGGCGCAGUUUGACGAAGAAGACGACUGCUUGGAGCCGCACCGGCUCUCCAGACGAGUCUUCUUUGACUGCCUAAAGCUCUUCGCGUUGUCCGAAUUAGGAGGACUCCUUUCGGAGUGUUUUUGCUGAAUGGUAUGGCUGUGUUUUGAGAUCGUUAGUUUAGUUUUUUUUUGUAACAAGUGAAAUUCGGCAUUGUUUUGCGUAGGAGGGGAGCAUCUCCACCUUGAUCAAGAGAUCAAUUGACGCAUUGAUCAAACUAGCGUUGGGUACCAAGAAGGGUCUUUAUCGACGUUUCUCGCAUAUAACUCUAGUCGCUUUCAGGUUUUGAACCUGUUCGAAGAAGCUCAACAGUAUAACGCCGUCUGAAAGGAUGAUGGUUCACGAAUGGAGCCACUUGCGGUGGGGUGUGUUUGACGAAUAUGAAAGCAGUAAAGACAAAUUGCUUUAUGCGUCAAGCAGAGGCACGAAAACAGAAGCCACGGCUUGUUCCGUCAACUUGGCUAAAGAGGGUAAAGUGAAAAAUGUAUUAGGAAAAGACUGCUCUGCAUUCAACGUCCACAAUUCAUGCCGAUAUGUGCCACCCAAAAAACCCACUGCGAAAGGAUCUAUUAUGUUCAAGCAAUUUAUUUCUUCGGUCAAUACCUUUUGUGAUGAUGGAGAUGACGAGUCAACUAAGCAUAAUGCAAUGGCUCCAAAUAGUCAGAACAUCUAUUGUCAGUACAGGAGCACGUGGGAUGUCAUCCAAUCUCAUGAAGACUUCAAGGAUGGGAAUAACCCACCCGGUCCUAUUGACAGAAAUACAAAGCCAAAAUUCAAUAUCGUUAGGUCUGGUUCACAAAAGGAUAAUGUUGUCUUAGUUUUGGAUCUGUCUCUGAGCUUGAGAAUUGGAAAUAGAAUUGAUGCAUUGAGACAGGCAGCUCGACUGUUUAUUGCUGGUGUUGGAGAUGGCACAUCAAUCAGUUUAGUUACCUUUCAGGACAGUGCAGCCAGAAGGCUUGUUCUCACUGAAAUUAUGAAUAGCAAGGAUCGAGAGAGUAUCAUGAACAUAUUGCCAACAAAAGAUGAGUUGAAUGGAGGAACAAGCAUUGGAGCUGGCAUUAAAGAAGCACUAGAAGUUCUCACAGGUUUAGAGAUUGAUGACACAACGAAACCAAGUGAUAUUCCUCCAUCUGGUGGAACUAUUGUGGUCAUAACUGAUGGGCAAGAGACUGCGAAGCCAUACAUAAAGUCGAUAACUCCAUUGGUGUCUGCAGCUAAAGUGAUGGUUUAUCCAGUUGGUCUCGGCCCAGGUGCUUCACAAAACUUGAGUCUUUUGUCUGAGCCAACAAGCAGAGUGACUUACUUUGUUGACACAGACGAGAAGCAGACAUCAACUCAGAAACUGAGUGAAGUGAUGGUGACUGUGUUGGAUCAGAUGCGUCAGUCAUCCACUAGUCGAACCAUCUAUCUUCAUAGUUUGUCUGUUUUGGUGUCUCCAAUGAUGCGUGUCAGUAGAGAUGUAAUAGUUGAUGUGGAGGUGGGAAUGCAUACAGUUUUCAUGUUUAUGUGGAAUAAACACGUCACACGGAAACAAACUAUUCGUGUUACUCUAAUUUCACCAUCAGGUAUAGUAAUGAACAAAACGAACUCUGAAUUUCACGUGGAUCGAUCAUUUAUGACUAUUCAAAUCUCAUUGCUUGACAAAGCUGAAUCGGGUACAUGGAAAUAUAAAAUUUACAAUCGAGGAACUGUAGAACAAUUCAUUGCUGUUUCUGUGACAUCAAAACAAGCCGAUACUGCUGACAAUCCCGUUACUGUGGAAGCUCGAUUGAGUGAAACAGUGGUUUCAUAUCCGAGUCCUGUUAUCAUCUCUGCUGAUGUGAAGAAAGGUUAUAUGGUUGUAGUGGGAGCUACAGUUGAAGCUACAAUAUCACGAUCUGGUAUGUCACCCAUGAAGCUCAUGCUUUUGGACAAUGGAAUUGCUCCCGAUAUGUCAGCUGGAGAUGGAACAUACACGGCUUAUUUCACUAUCUAUGUGGGUGAUGGACAAUACAAUGUUGUCGUGAAGACUGCUGCAGCUGCCAAUGCUGCAAAGAUGAUGCGAAUGGUUCAGACAGAUGAUCUGAUGGCUUUUUCUGAUCAAGAGUUGAAAGCUAUUGGAAUGACAAGACCACACAAAUCUCAAGAAAGACAGAUUAUGUCCAAGUUUUCAAGGAUACAAUCCGCUGGUUCAUUUCACCUGAAAGGUUUUGAUAGCUCAUUGGAUCUCAUCCCUCCUGCUCGAGUCAUGGAUCUUAGGGUUGUUCAUUCAAGUCGAUCAGAAUCAACAGCGACGUUAAAUUGGGUUGCUGCUGGUGAUGAUGCUUACAGUGGUAAAGCUGACAAAUUUAAUUUGAGAAUUUCAUCAGAUUUUUAUGGACUUUUGCGUCGUUUCAAUGAGAGUGCUGAAGUGUCGUAUUCCAAUAUAGUUGGUGGCUCACUGAUACCAGUUGAGGGAGGAAACGUACAAGAAGUGACUGUCAAGGUGCCACAAGGGACAGACACAUACUUUGCAGCAUUAGAGACUUAUGAUAAAUAUGGAAAUCCAUCAGGUGUGUCCAACAUCGUUCGACUUGACCUGCAAGAAAGCUACACAUCAACAGUAACAAAGUUAAGGAACUUCGUUGUACGGAUUUUUUUGGGCUAGUAGGACAAGACAAUUUGUGCCUGAGUGUUUUACAGAUCUGUUUCAUGUAGACACAUUCGUUGUGUCAUGUUUUGGAUUUAUUUGAGAAGUUUGUGGCACACAAUGAAA